AGUAGCGACGCUAAGAUGAUGUUUGGGAAGCAACUGGCGAUGCCUGUAAAGAUCCUCUGGGCAUUCGUAACACCAACAAUCUUAAUAACAGCUUUCAUCCUGACACUUCUCCGCUACCAGCCACCAACCUAUGGCAAGUACGUGUUUCCUAGCUACGCCUCUACAAUCGACUGGAUCAUUGCAGUGCUGCCCCUUCUACCGAUACCAGUCUACAUGGUCAUGACUGUCAGGAAGCACAUGGCGACCAAUUCCCUGAAGAAGAGUAUAAAGAUUGCCUUGAGGUCCUGAUGCUGACUGGCGUCCUGCAAACUCCAGAUGAGGAGUCAGAGUGAAGGAUCAACAAACAGCACGACCACCUUUUAAACUUCCAGCAAGGCUAUCAUCACACAUUAUUUUCUAAAACCAUUAUAUUGUGACAAUGAUAUAACACACCUAACAGUAACCUGUUAUAUAUGUAUCAAAUUAUAC